UCUAAGUAAGCACCUGAGAGAAGUUGGAUAGAAAUAGAGUGAGUGAAGAAAUUCAUGAAAUUGCAUUGCAAAUUCCAUAUAAUAUAAUAGUAUUGACGCGAAAAGAACGGGAGCAGAAAUUACUGUGACAUGUUGUGGAAGAAAAUCUUCAUAAACGCACGUCUCUUUUCAUGGAGAUCGUUCUCAUUCAUUAAUGGCUCACUUUGUUAAUUAUACUCAGAGCAACUGGAGGACCUAUUGAAGCCUAACCAUUAUAUUCUGUCUCUUAACAGUGUUGCCUGGGCUCACCCUUGCUUUGAUGAUACAUAAAUAUUGAAGCAUUAGAUCUUCAGGUUUUCCAAGAUAUAUCGGUAAAUGUUUGGUGUGUCAUGGUCAUGUAAAAUUACAAAUUUAAACCAAAAUCUACUUAGCCUCAUUGAAAAAUGCAAAUCAAUGCUUGAACUGAAGCAACUUCAUGCUGUUGUGAUCUCCUUCGGCUUAUCCCAAGAUGACCCAUUUAUAUCCAAAAUUCUUUGUUUUUCUGCUCUAUCCAAUUCAGGCGACAUUAACUAUUCCUACAGGGUUUUUUCUCAGCUUUCAAGUCCAACAAUUUUUAACUGGAAUACAAUCAUAAGAGGCUACUCAAAUAGCAAAAUUCCAGUUAAUUCCCUGUCUAUUUUUCUAAAGAUGCUGCGACUUGGGGUUGCACCGGACUACUUUACAUACCCAUUUCUUGUGAAGGCAUCAGCCCGCCUUUUAAACCAGGAAAUUGGAGUAUCUGUGCAUGCUCAUAUUAUUCAAAGUGGGCAUGAGUCUGACAGAUUUAUUCAGAAUUCUUUGAUUCACAUGUAUGCUUCUUGCGGGAAUAUUAUGUGGGCUCAAAAGGUAUUUGACAGCAUACAGGGAAAAAAUUUGGUUUCAUGGAAUUCCAUGUUGGAUGGUUAUGCUAAUUGUGGAGAAAUGGUUACGGCUCAGAAAGUUUUUGACUCUAUGUUAGAGAAGGAUGUUCGGUCAUGGAGCUCUUUGAUCAACGGUUAUGUUAAGGCUGGGGAAUAUAGUGAAGCUAUGUCUAUCUUUGAAAAGAUGCGGGCUGCUGGACCCAAAGCCAAUGAAGUUACCAUGGUGAGUGUAUCAUGUGCUUGUGCACACCUGGGUGCUUUAGAGAAGGGAAAAAUGAUACAUAAGCACAUAGUGGACUGUGAUUUGCCACUGACAUUGGUCUUGCAGACUUCUCUUGUGGACAUGUACGCCAAAUGUGGGGCAAUAGAGGAGGCUUUGCUUGUAUUCCGCAGGGUCUCUAAGAGUCAAACUGAUGUGUUGAUUUGGAAUGCAAUGAUUGGAGGUCUUGCGACACAUGGGUUAGUAGAAGAAUCCCUUAAAUUGUUUAAGGAAAUGCAAACGGUUGGUAUUCAGCCUGAUGAGGUCACGUACUUGUGCUUGUUGGCUGCUUGUGCCCAUGGAGGUUUAGUUAAGGAAGCAUGGCACUUCUUUGAGAAUCUUAAUAAAUGUGGCAUGACGCCUACAAUCGAGCACUAUGCUUGCAUGGUAGAUGUGUUGGCACGUGCAAAUCAGUUAACCACGGCAUACCAAUUUAUUUGUCGAAUGCCCAUAGAGCCAACAGCUGCCAUGUUAGGUGCCCUGCUUAGUGGGUGUAUCAACCAUAGAAAUUUAGCUCUUGCAGAAACGGUCGGCAAGAAGCUUAUUGAGCUAGAACCAAAUCAUGAUGGUAGAUAUAUUGGUUUAUCUAAUGUUUACGCUGUGGACAAACGCUGGGAUGAUGCAAGAAGCAUGAGAGAAGCUAUGGAUAGAAGAGGGGUGAAAAAAUCACCCGGGUUUAGUUUUGUUGAAAUAUCUGGAGUCCUUCACAAAUUCAUUGCUCACGAUAAAGCGCAUCCUGAUUCAGAGGAAACUUAUUGUAUGCUAAAUUUUGUUGUCCGUCAAAUGAAAUUUAGUUGGUACAAAGACAAGGAAAAGUCGCUGAAGGAUACAUCAAUGGGAGAUGACUUGUUGACUUGGUUAUCUUUUUAGUAGUAGACGGUAUUAAAAGUUUGUAGCUAUUUACUUUUUUUUGGAAGAAUUAUCUCAAAUGCUCAGUGUUUUUUAGCAAAAUGAGAAGUCCUCUAAAUUUAUGGGUUUAGCAAAAUGCCGUCACUCACCUGAAGUCAUCUGUAAGUGUUCUCGGAGUUGGGAGAUUUUUCCAGCCUUAAAAUUGAGGAACGCCAUUUUUUUUAAUCCAAAAAAAAGAAAGGAAAAGAAAGCCAUCUAAUAUAAGAAUAUACAUACCAGCAAUGACCAACGCAGAUCCUGCAACACUGUUUAUUGCAGACAGAGAUACAUCAGGUGCAACGAAAAGUAGAAAGGGCGGAAAUCACAAAAGAAUAAGAUAAGAAAUCAACCUUCCCAGAUAAAUUUCCUCCUUUAGUACAGAGAAAUCAAGGAUGGCCACAAAUAUCUGUAUAAGGGGGGUAAAAGCGGCGGUGAAAACUGGACCACUUUGUUUGACACACCAUGACAUUGCCACAUAGCACAAGCCCGACCCUACCAAUCCCUAAACUCACAAAUUUGAAUGUUAAAGGCUUGGACAAACAGUUAGGAUUGCUGAGUUCUACUUGAAAUGCAAACCAAUGUUUUUAAUUUGAAGUUAGAAUUUGCAAAGAAACAGACUACUUAAAGAUAAUUUAAAAUGAUCAUGAUAUUACGAAGAAUGUACUUACAGCAUAUAUAAUACUUAUUAUUUCUAGCUUUCCUUUAAGAAUCCACGAAGCAUUAUUUCUCUUGAUGAUCAGAGUUAAUAUUGCUGAUUGAAUGGCAGCGAAGAGUGACAAAAUAGCUGUGCAAGAGUAUUGACAUGGAUAUUUUUUGCUAAUCUUUGCUUGUAUGAUGAACCAUGAAGACCACAGGAGGCAGCUUACAGUCAGAAUUAUGGAACCUAUAAUCCACGUCUCUAACUUGGCAGUUGAAGGCACCAUGUUGAGGAACGCACACGAGAACGUAGCUGAAGUAUAUUCAAGUCCGAGAAGGAAUAGGUUUUGUGGAACUGUUACUCUGAAAAGCAUUAAUAAGGCAAAAACAAGAUGUCAAAUCAUGGGAAAAGAAAGAUAGCAGAAAGGUGUAAGAUGCUGUCUUACUGGAAUGCAAAUUGCAGAAUGUGAAAAGAGGUUUGUGGUGUAUCUUUUUACUUUCAUAGAUCAAUAUAUCAUUUAUUAGAGACAUUAUUAUUCAAGUCAAGUAAAAUCACUGUGAAAAAAUAAAGCCUGUUGUGAAUAUUUAAUUUAACUAAACAUAUAGAAUUUGAGA